GUUUAAACAUGGAUUUUCCUUUGGUUGUACACUAAAGUGCCAAGCAAACAGUUCUUAUCUUUAUUCCUGUUUUGCCCUUUAAGUUUAUACCCAGAAAUUUGGGCUAACUGUAGGAAAGAUUGACUGUGGGGCAAAAAAUUCCAAUGAAAUUAUGCAGACUGGAAAAAAGGUUGAUAGAUAUCUUUGGCAAAUCAUAAGUCGCGACUAAAAAUCUGUAGGGCUUCCAAGGUGAGAUGUCACAAACAUGUGACAUAUGAAAAAUUCUCAAAAAUUUGAUGUAAAGUACAGGUUUGAAAUUUGUAACGUUUAUGUAACAAUGUGUUUUUCGGAAAAAUCGUUAUUUCGUAACUUCAAUACUGACUGAAAUUCAGUAAACCUUACUGAAACAGUACAUACGGAUUCUGAAAACUCAGCACCUUCAAAGCCAUUGUAAAGAUGGAAGUCAGUGAUUUAUUUAUUUUUUACUAAUAAUUCGUUAUGUCAACGUUACUAAUUUCAAAUUUAUUGUAAAAUAAAACAAUUUUCCACUGUUUAUCUAACUAAUUUAAAUGAAAUUUGAAGAGGGAUGUAUAAGACUACUUUUGUGACUUUUAUACUGAGAUAGUAAUGAGCGAAUAUAUAUUUUUGAAAAUUCUACAUUUAGAAUUAACUUUAAGAAAGUUCCAAACCGUAUGAGAUAAAUAUUAUACAGUAAUCAUUGUUUUAGGAAAGUAUUUGCGUUAAACUUCCAGAGCUGGUGUCAAAAAGAUUAAAAUCUUUUGCUAUAAACAGUGCAAUUAAUACAUCUGCAUUGAUUAUUUGAUGUUCAGGUUCACAGGAGAUUUAUGAUAAUCAAUUGAAUAUGUAUGCAGGUGCCUUUAACUUAAGAAAACGGCCUGGCUGUUGGUUUGUGAAAACAUUCAUGUAAUUGAAAACGAGUAAACAGCAUCAACUUUAUACUAAUUUAUAUUAACUAAAAGAAAAUUUGAUGCAUUUCUCAUGCGAUCUAGCAAAAAAUGGGUAACUCCUUAUCAAAGUAGUAUUUAUGGACGAAUCGGCUAAGGUCGAUUAUUAAGAGAGAGCUGAAGUCACUAUAUUAUGAUUUUCUUUUAAAUAACCUUCAGCAAUUUGCAAUACCGUAGCAUCAAAUAUUUAUAUUCAUUUCGAUAAAGAAACAAUUUUGUGUUAUUUAAUAUUGAAUAUAAAAGUUCUGCAUGUGUUUGACCAUUGACAUAAGCGGUUAAAGAAAUGUAAACACGGAAAGCAACGAAUUCAUACAAAUUAAUUUUUCAAUCGAACUUUGAAUAAAACCGUAAUACGUUGUCUUUGCCGAACUAAAUAGAAGUAAUUAAUUAUGCUACAGCUAUUUUUUUGAAGAUUAUGUUAGUAAAAAACAAUCCGUACUCAUUGUCAGUUCAGCUUCCAAUUAUUGUUAACAACAUGAAAAAAUUUUGACAUGAACAUUUUUUUUAAAUAUCUAUUUGAGUUACCAAAUCAGAAUGUUUAUCUGAAACCAUUAACACUAUGUGUUGAAUUAAGAAAUAGCAAAGUACCUCUGAAAAAAACAUCUGUUCUAUUUGAUAAGAUCAUGAAUAAAGAAUGAUAUUUUGAAACACCGAAAAUAUCGUUUACAAUCAUAAUAUAGGCAUGGGUUAACCAUUUUCCACGACCCGAGAAAAAAGUAAAGUUCACGUGGUAUUAAGCUAAAACGACAUACUCGAAUUGCUUUACAAUCUAAUCACCAAAAAACGUAAUCCAUCCACAUAUCCAUCCUUGAAUAGAUUGCACUUCUAGAAUAAUAAGCUGAAUACCAUCUGGAUGUUAGUUAGCUCGCAGCUUACCUAUAUCUUAAGCUAAACGAAUCUUUUUCUUUGAUGAUUUAUAAAGGGAAAAUCAAAAAGAAAUACAAUUAGUAAAGGAAGCGUAAUUAUCUAAUUUAUUAUAUCAAGGAGGAUGAUGGAUUGACACAGAAAGUUUGCAUGCGGUGCAUAGGCACCCUGGAAUUUGUUAGCGAUUUUCACACCAAAUGUCAUGAAACACAACAACAACUUUUACAAGCUAAAGAACGAACAAAAAAAUUGACCGAGCGUGAUGUUAAAGUAGAUUCAGAAGUGGAUAAAGAAAAUAUUUUGCCGAACAAUAGCUUGAUUAGAUCUAAUGGAGCUGAAUUAAAAGUCUUGCCUACCACAGAAGAUGUAAAGUUCGAAGGAAACAGACCCUUCGAACAAAUUUUUGAAUAUCACAACAAACAGUCUUUACCAAGAAAGAGCAGUCGCAUUCAGAAGAAAAAAUUAAACAAAGUCAAGAUACUUAAAGAGGAGAACAAGGUUUUUGAACGUGCGACCGGCUCUUUGGAAAAUAUUGGCAAUUUAAGGGAGAACGGAGUAAUGGAAAUUUCAGAGUGUCAAAAUCAGAGAACUUUGCCUAAUAAAACACGUAAAGCAGCAUUGGCCCGGAGCCGUAAUUCUAAAACAAUAAAAACGCAUGGAAAAAGUUGCAAUGGUCUUGGCCAAGGAGGCGCUACACUCACCCAUAGUGACAAACGAAAAAUAGGGCGGAAAAACUGUGGUAAUAGGAAAAUGCAAAAAAAUGAAAGCAAAAAUCUAGCAUGUUCAACUUCGUGGAAGAACAAUUUGAUGGAAAGAGGUGUCAGAGGUACAGGUAGAGCUGUACAGGGGAUUAUUAAAUUCGAUGGUAAAUGUUCCAAGCAUAAUUCUCGAAAUGAGAAUAAUUCCAAGAAAUUCGAUGAGCAGCUUACAACUUUCACUGAGGAUAAAAUUAACGAAUCUAACAAUGUACCAAAUAUGCUAAAAGGUGAGAGUUCAAAUUGGACAAUGAAUCGAAGUGAGAAAUUUGUGAAAUUACGAGCUUGUGCUAUAAUGUCAAUCACACAAUGUUCUUCAAGAGAAGUAGGCGCAGAAUCAGUUGAGAAAAGUCCCCAACCUGGCGAGGAGGCUGGAGAAAUACAAUCCUGGAAGUAUGAUGCAACGAAAGAAUGGGCAGGUGACGAUAUUUCAAAAAUUGAAUCUGUACAAAAUGUCGGGCGUGAAACGAAUUCCACAGCAGCUUUGCUGGUGAGAAACUCAGUGAUCAAAUUGGUAAAGGAUGUUCAAACAAAUAGAGGUGAUGAAUUUGCAUCGACAUUACUAACAGUGGUAGGUUCGUCAAACGAUGAAAUAAAUUGUCAAAGAAACGAGUCGAAGAUCAUUGACGCACCAUUGUCUUUAAUAGAUUCAUUGAAGGACGAUGGUUCGCAAGAAUUAAAUAAGCAUAGUAAACGAAAUGUUACUAGUUGUCAGGAUAGACGAAAAAAGUCUGAGGGUCGAUUUGGUAAACUUACCGAACUGAUAACAAACGAGCAGAAGGAGAUCAUAGAAACUCUGUAUACUGUGAACAUGGGUGUAGUCAAUGACGAGAAGGUUCACAAAAAUAUAAAGAUUUUAGAUAAAGUGAGAGUAACGUGUUCAAUAUGUGGAAAGAUAUAUUCAAGAAUGGACAAAUGCCAGGUGCAUGUUUGGGGUCACCUAAACAUGAAGCCGUAUUGUUGCAAAUCGUGCGACUUUGUUACACUAACAGUGAGCAACAUUCGCUGCCACAUAAGAAAACGUCAUUUAAAGAUUAAACCGUUCCACUGCAAUCUAUGUGAGAAAAGUUACGGCACUGCAGUCUUGCUAGAGGAACACAUUAAUUCUCAUACGGGUGCAAAACCUUACAAAUGCAAAAUUUGCGACUUCGCCACUUCCAACAGGCAGGUGCUGAGCUAUCACAAAACUACCCAUAAACCCGCGAAAGAUAUAUCCUGUGAGGUUUGUGGCAAGAAGUUUUUCUCAAAUUGCAGAAUGCGAGCACACAUGAUUGUGCACAAAAAAGAUAGGAGUCUGAUAUGCAAGCUUUGCUCCACAUAUCUUUGCAAUGCAGAGGCCCUCAAAAAGCAUUACGACAAGGUUCACUCGCGGGAUUACAUCUGCAGUGUUUGCGGUAUACGAACCAAGUCGAAAAAAGCUUUAACCAACCAUGAAAAAGUACAUUCAGCAGCUAAAUACAGGUGUCCACUUUGUUCAAACGUCUACAAAAGUAAACAUAUGCUGAAGGAGCAUAUUCUUAAACAUCAAGGAAUUCGAAAGUACAAAUGCGAAUUGUGCCAGAAGUCUUUUGGCCAACAAUCCCACAUCUCUGCUCAUAUGAGCGUGCAUAUGGGUAAAAGAUAUCCAUGUCCUGGCUGCAGUAAACUCUUCAACCGUAAAGACAAUAUGAGAAUCCAUACACGACGCUGUAAGGUAUUCAAUUCUAAUCCGGAAAUGAAGAAUGUGUGGAUGGAUCAAAUGGAUGCUACCAGUUCUUGUGUAACGAAUACCAAAUCCGUCUCUGCAUCAGAAGCGCCCGCCAUACCAGCUACUACAACACAAGCGUCUACUUAUUCAAAGCCUGAUGAAAAAAUUGAGACUAACUUAGGAAUGACGAAGAUAAACUUACCGGGCACGACUGAUGAUUCUACAUCUUUUAAAUCGACCUCGGACCUACGAGAUUCACGUAACUUUAUACGUGACCAAGGCAUUGGGGAAUUCAAAUCCGACAAGGAUGGAAAAGUUCUACGACUGGGUGAAGUAGAAGUAUUCCCACUGCCAAAUACCAACAUAAUCGCUUUUCAGAAUGAGGGUAAUAUGGUUAUUACCGAGAAUGUACUGAGACCCGAAUGUUUUUAGUUCCUAUGAGGUCCAAGUUAUCAACUGUUUGUUUUAUUCCUCUCUUUAAUUGAUAAUUCAAAUUGCAGUUUGAAUACAACCUUGCCGGCGUUUUAUAUUUUCGAGUCGUGAACUAAUCACGUGACUUCUUAGCGUGAUGAUGUCUAAAUCUCCAGCUUGUAAACUGUCCAUAUAUUGUAACUAAAAGACUGAUUUACCCUGAGACUGUAACUGAAAGUUCCUAAAUAAAGUUAAUUUUUUUACAUA